UUCCAUUUUCUGGACGUUUCUCUCGAAAUAUAGAAAAUAGUAGAAAUCAUAUCAUAUAUCGAUCGAUGGGUGAUUAUCUUCUUAUCCGCGUUAUCAUCGGAGUUAUCUUUGCUUUCUCGUCUCUCGUUUCAUCCGAUGAACUGUUGGUUGUGGGAGAAACCGAAAAGCUUCUGGUCACUACUAAUUUUGUGGUUAAGGUUACGGGUUCUCCUAGACAGAAUCAAGACUUACCAACUCUAUAUGAGAGGAUACAUAUCUCUGGACGUCAAAGGUUAAAACAUAUAGAGAAAUAUGCACAUUCACUCAAGUUGAUUGUUAACAUGUCACCCGGUGCCAAAACAAGUACCACACACGUUUGCUUCCACAGGGAUUUGUCGCUUGCAAUUGGAAUGUGUCCUUAUAAUCAAUGGGAGAAAGUCUCCAAUGGUUCAUGGACUCAGACAAUGUCACCAUUUGACAAAAAAAUCCUUAGUGUAAGAACAAUCGGCUCAUCCAAGGUCACUCUGGAAGUGUCUACUGUAGAAGAAUGGUGUAUGAUUCACAUAGUGUUCUUAAUCAUUGGUACCGUUUUGCUGAGUUCGGCUUCUACACUGAGCAGAUCAAUAACAUUUUAUUACACUUGUGUGAUGUCUAUCGGUAUUAUCCUUGCUGUGUUGGUUUUUCUCUUUCAGGGACUGAAGCGCCUACCAACUGGACUGAGUUCUUCGGCAUUGUUCCUAUAUUCAUCUGUGGUGGUUGGUUUGGGUGGUGUCUUUUUCCUCUACAUACCUGGUUUGUUUCAAAGUAUGCUAAUAUUGAUGGGAAUUUCCGAAUCUAUGGUACUCAAUCUAAAAUUACAUCUUUAUUUUAGUGGAAUAUUUUUUGGACUCUUCGCAGUCAAGAGAUUUGUCCUGACUAGAGGUGGCUCCAUUGAUGUUAAGACAUCACUCUUUGUAUCUUGGUCCAUCUGGAUUUUAGCUGCUGUUUUGAUUCUUCAGAGCUCUAUGGAUCCUUUACUUGGUGGAGGAGCACUAGUAUGUGUAAUUGUUAUGACAUCGAUGUUAAAGAAGAGCACAAGAUUGAUGACUUUCCUAGGACGUUUACACUUGUCUCUGAUUCUGACGAAAUUAAUGGAAAGACUCUGGCAGAAAAUACGUGGACCAAUCAUUCCAGUGUCUCUAUGUGAAUACUUGGAAAGGAUUACUUUUGAAUCUUGGUCAGAAGCAUGA